UCCCUCCUUCCAGCCUCCUCCUCCUCCCCAGUCCUCCCAAACCCAGAAAAAACUCUACUGUUCCUGGCUCCAGUGAUUCUCUGAAGAUUUCUUAGAUCAACCCUCUGCAGCAGCAACACUAUAUUAAUCGGUCCUUGGCUGAGACGUAGUUUUUUCUCUCUCUCCCCUCUCCCUAUCAGGUUAAUUCUAUAGGUACCACCACCAUACUCUUUCUUUCAAACUACAGUAUCAAGUUUAACUACAUCCACCAAUGUCGCCGUUGCUCCUGCUGCUACUGAAACAGCUUUUGGGCUUUGGUGCUUAAGCAAUACUCUUGAUAAUCCGGCUAAUUUUAGCUCAGGUAUUGCACUCUAUAGAAUAACUUAUAACUGUCAAAGUUGUCAAAGUUGGAAGGAAUUAUUUUUUCGUUUCGGGAUAAAUUUCUAUUCUUCUUCCAUUGAAGCUGGACUCUUCUGAUUUCUACCGACCAAGAAUUGCUGCAAUAAAUUCGCUUCUUAAGGACAUUUCAAUCCCAAAAUCGAUUAAGAAUUAUCGGAGCGGGUAUUUGUCGUCCGGGGUGCGUGUGUAGUUCAUGUAUGUUUGUUGAUUUCAUAUCCGAAAUGGGACAGGAUGUUUCAAGAACUACUUGAUUUAAAUCCUCUUGUUUUCAGUAAUAUUUGUGGGGAGCAUCCUGGGAUUUGCCCUUUUUCAGUAAAAUUGUUUUCAAGCCUGAAAUGAUAGAUAAGUUUUACACUUUAUCUGAAAGUUGGUGUUUUAAUGACUGCUCAUGAGAGCAUCAGUGUCCAUAGUCAACUUUGGCACUGCUGCUAUCAAGUUGGUAUCAGGUCUAGAGAAAAGAUUCAGACUUUUGUCAUCUUGGAACUUAGCUUUGUCCGCUACACAUUUUUCUUCUUCUGAGGAUGAAAUAAUCAUACCUGAGGAAAGCCUGGUCGAUAUAGAAGCUCGGGAACUUACAACAAGUACUAAAUGCAUGCAGAGUGACAGCAUAGAACAAAAUAGUAAGUCUGCUUCUUCUUUUGAAGGGAUCAGAGAUGAUGAUGACAUUUACCAUCUUGGCAUUCAAGAAGAUAGUUCCUUGGUUUGUGAAAAUCCUCAAAAUACUGAUAUGGAUGUUUAUGGACUUGGAAGAAUGAAAGUCAUACUUAGGAAUCGAGGAUGGGUUUUAGGAUCUCCAGACAGUUGCCAAAGGUUACCUUUGGCUGAAUAUAACAUAGUGUGUAUUCUGAAUGACCUGUUUGAGGGCAGUGGAGAUGCUGCUCUAGCUCUAGCUUUCUUUCAAUGGUGUGAGUAUUACCUGCACUUACAGCAUGGAAUUAGAUCUACAUGCGUGAUGAUACAUAUCUUGGUUGCUGGGAACAUGAAUUACAGAGCUGUAGAUUUAAUACUUUAUCUUGUAAGGAAGAAUGCUGGGGAAGAUUGGUGGCCGAACUUGCUUUUACAAGUCCUUCUCGAGACCUAUACAAUUAGAACGGUCCUAGAAACUGUAUAUAGCAUGCUCAUUGACUGUUAUAUCAGAGCAAAUAUGGUAAAUGUGGCUCUCAAGUUAGCUUGUCAAAUGAAACACAUCAAACUCUUUCCUUCACCGGGUGUUUGUAAUUCACUUCUUGGGGCAUUGUUAUAUAUGGACCAAUUUGAAUUGGCAUGGAAUUUCCUGGAAGAGAUGCAGAGUCAAGGGUUAGGCUUAAAUGUGUCUGUAAUCACUUUGUUUAUUCAUAAAUACUGUGUGAAAGGCAAUGUUGAAAGAGGUUGGCAACUAUUGGUAACAGUGAAGCAACAUGGAUUUAGUCCUGAUAUUGUUGCAUACUCAACAUUGAUUGAUUCCCUUUCUAAAAUGUCACUGGUGAGAGAAGCAAUCUCUUUGUUGUUUAAAUUGAGUUUGAUUGGUAUAUCUCUUGAUUCCAUUUCAGUUAGUUCAGUCAUUGAUGGCCUCUGCAAGGUGGGGGAAGUGGAGAAAGCUUUCAAUAUCUUGAAGAUAUUUAGACUGCCGCCUAAUAUUUAUGUCUACAACAGCUUUAUUUCAAAGUACUGUCACGAUAGUAACAUGACUGCUGCUUCUAGCACUUUUUACGAGAUAUCAGAGAUGGGAUUGGUUCCUGACUGUUUUAUUUACACCACCAUUAUAUCAGGGUACUGCAAGAUGAAGGAUCUGAAAAUGGCCCUUAGUUUUUUGGCAAAGAUGGUGAAGAGUGGAGUUGAACCAUCUGUUGCCACAUACACAACACUUAUUGAAUACUACUGUAGGUCUGGAGAAGUACAUGUAGCGGAAAACUUAUUUCAGAAGAUGAUGACAGAGGGUUUGCCACCUGACCUUGUUGCAUACAACACACUAAUGGAUGGCUAUGGAAAGGAGGGCCUCUUACACAAGGUUUUUGGCCUUUUGGAUAUAAUGAAGUCUGCUGGUGUCUAUCCUGAUAACAUCACCUAUAACACAAUCAUUUACAGUCUUACUGUGAGAGGGUUUGUAAAUGAGGCUCAUGAUUUACUGUAUGAGCUCACUAGAAGAGGAUUUACUCCUGAUAUUGUAACUUUUACUAACAUUGCUAGCGGUUAUGUGAAGAAAGGGAACUUUGAAGAAGCUUUUUUUGUGUGGCAUUACAUGAGUGAGCACAAUUUGGAGCCUGAUGUUGUAAUGUGCAGUGCUCUCCUUAAUGGGUACUGCAGGACACGUAGGAUGGCAGAAGCAAAUGCUCUCUUUACUAAAAUGAUCGACAUUGGGCUGGUUCCAGAUCUUGUGUUGUAUAACACACUCAUACAUGGUUUUUGCAGUGUUGGCAACCUUGAUGACGCCUGCAACUUAGUAGAAUGGAUGUUCAAGCAGGGUAUCAGUCCAGAUGAAGGCACUCAUCAGGCACUUAUCUUGGGAUAUGAAAAGAAGAUGGUAGAGAAUCCAGUAGAAGCUGCAGGUUUUAUGCUGCAAAGGAUAUCACUGAAAUAGAUUAUUGGAAAACGAUUAUGGGAUACAACAACACGGCAAUCUGGCACCUUCGCAGGCCUGCAGAACAUGGAAAUUUUGGAUGCACCAAUGAUUUGGUUUUCUUCACCACCUCCCCUGUGGUUGUUAGGUAAACAGUCCAACCCUGUGAAGCAACGACAGAGCUCAAAGCUUUUGAGAAAAUUAAUAGCUGUUGAGUAAAUUAGCAGCCUGUGUGAAACAGCAAGAGGGAAUAAAGCCAAACGGGAUUGCGUAUGCAGUGGCUAGGAAGCUUUCUGAAACUCUGAAGCCCGGGAGAUAUGUCCUUGUAUAUUCUUCAGAUAUUUGUCCAGAUAUACUAUUGAGUGGGCAAGGAUCAUGGCCAAGCGGUAGAGUCAGAUGAGCCUGUAUGGUGGUCUAGGGAGUUUGAAGUUCAGUACUCCCCUUCCUUCAGGAAUAGAGCGAUGAAUUUCACUGUGUAGACACGUGAGCCUGCAAUGCAAUGGAGGUAAACACAUGAACCUGCGAUGGAGCACAAAGCCAAGCAUGCUCUUCUGUUUGCCAGUUUCGAAGCCGCGUAACAUUUUACAGCGGGUGAGAUAUCUUCGAAUCAUCUAUCGAGAAAUCUUUUCAGAUAGACCUCACAAGGAGCAAAGAGAACUGGCCAUUAGUACCAAGCCUUACCUAGAGUAAAGUGUGAGGUUUGCAGCUCAUGACCCUCCCCUCCCCGGUGGGAAAAUAAAAGUACACAAUUUCAAGAUUUACCUUUGGACGCCAUGUUAGGAAGAAUUAUCUGGAAAGCAUUAGCGAAAUUGCACCUCAACUUUUAAAACCUCUUUAGUGCUAUAAUCUUGUACGAGCAGCAAUGCGUCUGUACAAUCUUCAAAAGUUUGCCGAAUAUCCCAUCGGGGAGAAAAAAAAAAAAGGAGGAACAAUCUGAGAAUCACAGAGAGCGAAAUGUAACCCGUCAUUCAGAUUGGGCGUUCCCCAAAAGAUGGACCAGAAAAAGGUUCUUGGGUUGGAGAACUA